AUGGAGAUCGCGCUGGUGACUCUGGAGAACGGCGGCACCACGGCCAUCGCGGGCGCCGACGAUGCCGCGGCCGCCGGCGGCCGGGCGCGCUGGCGGGGCAACUUGCUGCACCUCGCCGGCUCGCCGCAGCUGAGCGACGGCAAGGAGAGCUCCCCGCCGGCCCCGCCGCCCGCGGGGGACGAGCAGCGGGAGCGGCCCCCGCCGGGUCCCCGCGCGGCAGGAGCAGCAGGAGCAGCGGGAGCAGCAGCAGCAGCAGCGGGCGGCCCCGAGGAGCGGCCGGCGCAGCCCCGCGCAGCCCCCGUUCCGCCGCCGCGGCCGCCGCCCCGCGCCCCGCGGCCCGCGGCAGAGAUGGGCCCGCCCGAGGAGGGGGGACACCGCCGGGGCAUGGCCAUGGCGGCCGCGGGCGACGACGAGGAGGAGGCGGCGGCGGCCAACCCGGGCGCCAUGCACCACCAGCGGGUGCUGAUCAACAUCUCGGGGCUGCGCUUCGAGACGCAGCUGGGCACCCUCAACCAGUUCCCCGACACGCUGCUGGGGGACCCCGACAAGCGCAUCCGCUACUUCGACCCGCUCCGCAACGAGUACUUCUUCGACCGCAACCGGCCCAGCUUCGACGGCAUCCUCUACUUCUACCAGUCCGGGGGCAAGCUCCGCCGGCCCGUCAAUGUCUCCAUCGACGUGUUCGCCGACGAGAUCCGCUUCUACCAGCUGGGUGAGGAGGCCAUGGAGCGCUUUCGGGAGGACGAGGGCUUCAUCAAAGAGGAGGAGAAGCCCCUGCCCCGCAAUGAGUUCCAGCGGCAGGUCUGGCUCAUCUUUGAGUACCCCGAGAGCUCCAGCUCAGCCCGGGCCAUUGCCAUCGUCUCCGUGCUGGUCAUCCUCAUCUCCAUCAUCACCUUCUGCCUGGAGACCCUGCCCGAGUUCAGGGACGAGAGGGAGAUGCCCGUACCCCUGCCCCCACAAGGCGGAGGUUUGAAUGGCACGCCCGGGGACUCCCCACCCAUGCAGCCUCCCAGCAGCCUGGCUGACCCCUUCUUCAUCAUCGAGACCACCUGUGUGAUCUGGUUCACCUUCGAGCUCCUCGUGCGCUUCUUCGCCUGCCCCAGCAAGCCCGAGUUCUCCCGCAACAUCAUGAACAUCAUCGACAUCGUAGCCAUCAUCCCCUACUUCAUCACCCUGGGCACCGAGCUGGCCCAUGAGCAGCAGCAGCCCGGGGCUGGCAGUAGCAAUGGGGGUGGGGGCCAGCAGCAAGCCAUGUCCCUGGCCAUCCUGAGAGUCAUCCGCCUGGUCAGAGUCUUCAGGAUCUUCAAGCUCUCCAGGCACUCCAAGGGGCUGCAGAUCUUGGGACAGACUUUGAAAGCCAGCAUGAGGGAGCUGGGCCUCCUCAUCUUCUUCCUCUUCAUCGGGGUGAUCCUCUUCUCCAGCGCUGUCUACUUUGCUGAGGCCGAUGACCCCGAGUCUCAUUUCUCCAGCAUCCCUGAUGCUUUCUGGUGGGCCGUGGUAACCAUGACUACUGUGGGCUAUGGGGACAUGAGACCUGUCACUGUGGGGGGCAAAAUCGUAGGCUCCUUGUGUGCCAUCGCUGGUGUGCUCACCAUUGCCCUGCCUGUCCCUGUCAUCGUGUCCAACUUCAACUACUUCUACCACCGAGAGACUGACCACGAAGAGCAGGGUAUCCUCAAAGAUGAACACAGUAGUGCUCAGGGCAGCACAGCGGGGGGAGAAGUGAAGAGAAGACCCAGUAAAAACUCUCUGGACAAAUCUGUUGUGCACUUGGAAAACAGUGAGGAGUUCAACAGUGGCACCAGCUCCUUAGAGAAAGCCACUAUCAAAGCGAAAAGUAACGUAGAUCUCAGAAAAUCCCUCUAUGCUCUCUGUCUGGACACCAAUAGGGAAACAGACCUGUGAGGAGAGGAGACAGUUAGAGUUCAGAAGGAUUUUCUGGUGUCAGAAACUUGCUACUAUAAUUAUUCUUUUAGUACCAAUUAGUUUUUUAAGUCAGGCUGUAUUUUAUAAAUUGAUCACUGUCCUGAGCAGUCCUCCAGGAAUACAUGUUUUUAUGUUCUUUUUCCAUGGCACAAAGGGUCACCUAUUUUUAAAAUAGACUAAGAAUAAGCUACGCUCCAUGAUGCAGGAGCUGGUAAAUUAUGACAGUGAAAAAUCUAAUUUGUAGAAACUUAUUUUAGCAAAUGGUCAUUGGUUUUGAAUGGGUAAUUUGUAACCAAUUCAGUUGCUCCAAGUUUAGUAUAAAGAACUGGGGGGAUGUGUGUGUGGAGAAUGAAUGGAUUGGGGAUGGGAGGGGGGAGGUUGAGGGGUUUUGUACUGUAGUUUCAAAUUGAAAUUAUUCAAAUAUAUUUUGUAUCUGUAUGACUGUAUUUAUGGUUGAAAGGAGAUUUCUUAUUCCUGUGAAAUAUAUCAUUAAAGCACUAGGAAUAUUAGCAGAUCAGCACUUUCUGAGUUUUCCACUAGUGAUCAGUACAGAUCUGGUUAUCUUGUAUGUGAAGUGAAUUUGGUGCUUUGAACCCUAGAGCAGAAAACUUCUGUUGUCAUUGAUAUGUUAGUUUCUUGUGAGCCUUAAAUUAUUAAAUAUUGUAGAUAUACUUCUUUAUAAAUAAUUUUAUUAGUUACCUUCCUGUUUCAGAAUUUCUACGUAAUUCAGUCAUGUGCUUACUGACCCCACUCAAAAAAAGUAUGUGCAGCUUUUUUUUUUUUUUGUGAUUUUACAGUUUUAUACCUUUGUUAUAUUUUUGAGACUGAAAGGAAAAAAAAAAGCCCUGUCUGCUGUUACUGGUUUCAAUCCAGUGCACAACAGAUCAAAAGUGAUCUGAACAGAUUUUCAAGUGCACAACAGAUCAAAACCGUGAGGGAGUGGAUAGGCAGAAUGAGAGAGUAGAAUACUGAGUGCAAUAUCUGCGAAACUGAUUUCACUGUACGAUUCCUUGAGCGUGUGUAUCAUCACCUUUAUGUAUGCACACACCACUGGUGUACACAGUUCUCUGGGCUCUGUUACCUUACACCAGGAGUGGAUGGCACUUCAGGAGCCGAACGUGGCGUGCUGCUCGAAUAACCACGGCUUUUCUCUUGGACACGGAUGGAAAGCACCAUCUUCUCAUCAAAACACACCCCUGAUUUCUUUUAUUUCCAAACAAAACCUUCUCAGCGCUGUGGAUUUUACAGUUGAGGUGUUGUUGAGAGACGAGUGACACAUUACCUUCAUGGAGAUCGCAGCUGGCUCCGAAGACCGACACAAAGUUGCUCCUUUAGCUCAAAGAGCUUUCUUACCAUUUCUGUUGCAAAGGACAUCUCUGUUUCCCCCUCCAACUUCUGUUGUACUGCUGAAGGAUGUUCCAUGCCUUUCCCUCAUCCUGUGGCACAGCAGGAGUAGCAGAGAAGGCUUGAUUGUCAGCAUUGCUCAAGAGCGACCUGGAGCUCAAGCAGGAGCAGUGUUCUCCACACAGCUCUCCACGUCUUCCCUAACACCAGUGAGCCACGAGACCGAG